UACUCACAUGUUAAACCUUCUCCUGUGCUGAGCUGCACACAGCUGACUGCUCCCAGGCUGCAAGGUGCUUAGUAGUAGCAGGCUGCACCACUUCUCCAGCUGUUCUUCCUUCAGAGAAUCAUAGCUGUCUUCUUCAGGAGUCAGGGACAGAAGCAACCUGAUGCCAAACAGACAGCUGGGACCACAAAGGUAAGCUACAGAUCUGUUUGCAGUGCGACCAGGAAAAGUGCUAUUUAAUACAUUGUGACAAGACCAGAGUGAAGAAAAGAUGUCCCUUGGAAGUGGCACUUUAUUCCUUUUGGUGGCUGCGAUGGGAUCCGUAUCUGGAGGUGGACCAGCAGGAGGAGGAUAUCCUCAAAUGAAAUAUGUAAAUCCAAUGAUGAAAGGACCUUUGGGGCCACCAUUUAGGGAAGGAAAGGGACAAUAUUUAGAUAUGCUACCAAUGCUUCCAAUGGACCUUAAGGGAGAACCUGGACCAGCUGGAACACCUGGUCCACGGGGACCACCUGGGCAUCCUGGACCACCUGGGAAGCCAGGAAUAGGAAAACCUGGAUUACAAGGCAUGCCAGGACCUUCUGGCCCCCCUGGUUUAUCUAGCAUUGCAAAAUCAGGUUUACCAGGUAUGCCUGGCAAAAUUGGACCUAAAGGCCUACCUGGCUCAAAGGGGGAACCUGGAAUGAGGGGAGAGCAAGGACCUAGAGGGAUUCCUGGAUCUUCUGGAAUGCCUGGCCCUUCAGGAAUCUCAUCAAAUGGAAAACCAGGUGUUCAAGGUGCUCCAGGGCAGCCAGGUGUCAGGGGUGAACCUGGUACAAAAGGCGAGCCAGGACUUCGUGGUGAGAAAGGCAUUAAAGGAGAUGCUGGACUUGGAAAACCAGGACUGCCUGGUAUUCGUGGCCCUGUGGGCCAACCUGGUCCACUAGGCCCACCUGGUCUAGUAGGUAAUGGCAAACCGGGACUUGAUGGAUUACCAGGAGGCAGAGGGGAUAAAGGUGAUCUUGGUCCACCUGGUCUACCAGGAGUUGUCGGCCCACCAGGACCACAAGGCCCACAAGGUAAACCUGGCCUUGAUGGAAUUGGUAAACCAGGUAUAGAUGGAUUACCAGGACUACAAGGGCCAUUAGGUCCUAAAGGGGAACCAGGUAUAAGAGGCUUACCAGGGAUGCCAGGGCCCCCAGGGUAUGGAAAACCAGGUCUUCCUGGUUUGAAAGGUGAUAGAGGACCUGCUGGAGUACCUGGAGGAAUAGGAGAUAACGGAGAGCCAGGGUUAGAUGGUAAACCGGGUGAGCAGGGGCCACAAGGUAUUAUAGGACCUCCAGGAUUUCCGGGAUCUCUUGGAUUGCCAGGAAAAAAUGGUUUACCUGGCUUGAAAGGUGACAUUGGGCCUCCUGGGCCCUCUGGUGCAACUGGAAUUCCAGGAAAUCAGGGCCCCAGUGGAUUUGUAGGCAAACCAGGUGUUCCGGGUGAAAGAGGACUUCCAGGUCUGAAAGGACUUCCAGGGCCAAUUGGACCAAAAGGAGAGGGAGGACUAAUGGGACUACCAGGUUUGCCUGGUCAAAUAGGUGGCCCAGGGUUAAAAGGAGAAGGGGGGUUUCCAGGGCAACCAGGCCCUAGAGGUCCAGCUGGUAUUCCGGGUCUGCAAGGAUCUUCUGGCCCCAUUGGGCCACAAGGAUUACCAGGAUUAAAAGGCGAGCCUGGCAUACCUGGGUUACCUGGAAACAGCAUCAAUGGUCAGCCAGGUCCAAUUGGUCCUGUAGGAUCACCUGGAGUUCCAGGACCAUCUGGUUUAAAUGGCCAACCUGGACAACCUGGUCCACCUGGACCUCCAGGUCCACCAGGAAUCUAUAGUGAAGGCACCAUUGCUGGCUUGCAUUUGCCAGAAGGAGGUGUGGAAGGGGGCACAGUAGGCAAUGAAAAACCUGGAAAGCCUCAGUAUGGCACUGGAGAACUUUCUGCCAAAGUAGCCCCAGCAUUCACUGCCAUCUUAACUACAUCAUUCCCACCUUCUGGCAUGCCAAUCAAAUUUGAUCGGACUUUGUACAACGGCCAUAACAGUUAUAAUCCUCUUACUGGGAUAUUUACUUGCUCUAUUCCUGGAAUUUAUUACUUUGCCUACCAUGUCCACGUCAAAGGAACCAACAUCUGGGUUGCUCUUUACAAGAACAAUGUACCUGCUACUUACACAUAUGAUGAAUACAAGAAAGGGUACAUGGACCAAGCCUCUGGGAGUGCAGUGUUAGAACUCAAAGAAAAUGACCAAGUUUGGGUCCAGAUGCCCUCAGACCAAGCAAAUGGGUUAUAUUCAACAGAGUACAUUCAUUCUUCAUUUUCUGGCUUUCUCCUUUGUCCCACAUAAUGGACUUCCAAAAAUAUUUCUAGCCCUAGUAAUAAACUAUCUUAAAAAAUUACAUGCAACACAAUGACAGACUGUCUACACUUAUAUAUCGACUGGGAGAAAAGAUGAAUACUUGUUUAAGACGCUGAAACAAGACAUUUAAAGUAGUCACAAUAUCCCCCAGUGACAUAAAAAUCAGAGUAGACCCACAAGCUUGUGGAAAGAUGACUAUGCUACGCCAUUGAUCUUCAGAUUACACGUUGUUGGAACCUUAAAUGUUCCAUAAUAUUGAUAAAAUGUAUUAUUUUGUGGAUUUUUCAAUAAUUUUUCUGUACCUGCUUUAUAUGUUCCAUAGAAUUUUAAUUGUAAAACACUGCAUCAACAUUUAAUGUAAUGAGGAUGAUCUUCUCGGAUAUUAUUGGUUUAAAAGUUUCAUGCACUCUAUCUACAGCCCCCAUUACAUGUUUUUCUCAUAUAUUUUCCACAGUUUUUUUUUUCUACCUACAAAAAUAAUAGAAGCAUUUCUAGGAAAUAAAGCAAAUGUUUGAAUGUUUAAAGAGAAACACAAACUGUGAGUAUGUGUGAUAGGGUUUUCCUUUUGUAGAGUAGUAGCUGCAGACUCUUGGUUUUCUCCAAAACUGUCAGUUGCUUUUAGCCACUUAGGAUUUUGUUCCAUGAUAAGCUUUGCCCAAUAAAAAAAAUAUAUAUAUUUAAAAUAUUUUUGAAGUUAAAUCUUCACGGAGAAAGUUGGUAAAAAAGUAAAUAUAGCAUUGUACUUUAGUUACUUAGGCGAACAUUUUUUUCAAGGACCCAUGAACUGAUGAAUUAUGAGAUGUCCAUAACCAACUGGCACUUUUACAAGCUGUUAUCUACUAUCCCUAUUGUAAUUUAUGUUAUUUUGGACAGUUGAUUUGUAUGUUGAGUUUAACCACCUCCUAUAUAGCUUAUGCAAUAAUGCACUAACAUACUCAUGGUACCUGACAUAUGGUCUUCUGUUAUAUUUGGUUAUUACAUAGAAAUCCAAUAUAAAGAGCGGUAUCACAGUGUUCGGUAUAAGACUAUAUUUCCCUCACUGCGGAACCAUUGAUUUUUGUAAAUCACAAUCUGCUGUGAUUUACCCACUAGUACGUGAAUAUUUGUAGAUUUCAAAUGGAAGGAAGCCUACUUCAUUGGCUACAUGUUUAUUCCACAUUGAAACCAAGAAUGUGAUCUAAAGCAUCCUCAACCAUCAGCCAGAAAACUUUGUAGUUAGCUGUUCCAUGGCUCGUCUUUUUUUUUUUUUUUUUUGUAUGAUGCUUAUAUUUUUAAAAAAUAUAACAUUUUUUGAGUGGUAAGAGAGUGUUGGUUUACUGUUUCUCUUCACCAUUCAGUGCCUUUUAAUAAAUGACUGUUCAUUGUAAUCAUUUUUUUACUUUAUUAUCCAAUUGCAAUGGUGCUAUGCCCCACCUACCAAUGUUAUAUAUUAAUAUAGUGCAAUAUUAUUCUUUAAAAAAAACUGCAUCUUUGGUUUUUAAAAAUAUCAUUCCUGUUUUGUCCUGCUAAUAUUAAUGGAUUUUGCAUUGAUAAUGCUUGAACUGUAAUGGAAUUUUGGGUAAGGAGAUAUGUUAUUGCGCAUCUUACUUUAACCUACUCACUGCACCAUUAGGCUGUGAAAAUGCCGGUUGACCAGGGUUAUCUUGCAGAGAAGUGGUUAAUGAUCACGGGUCAAACAUAAGCCCCCCUACCUUCUAAUAGUUUUCAAAAUGCACCUCCAUAUAGUGUGCAGACAGAGUGUUUUGCUACUACUAGAGGAGAAGAAUAGCUUAAGAGAGCAAACAUUAAAGAGGUUGUUCGGCUGGUAGUAUUUUUUAUUUAAAAUAAAAGGGCUGGAGUAAAAAAACAAAGUCAUACCUCACCAAUCCCCCACCACUUUCUUUCCAGUGCUUCCCAUGUCCCCACUCUACUUCAUGCUCCUGGUCCCUCUACUGGCUGAGUUGGGUCAUCAUGGCAGCCAGUGAUUGGCUAAGUAGUCAAUUCCUGUGUGUCAAGAAGGACUAGGAGAUCAGCAGUGUUCUGAAUGGUGUUAAUGAAUUUUAGUUUCCUGUGUAAAAGGCCCAUCGGUCAGUCGGUCAGUUGGCUAGUCGUCAAACUAGGCAACUCAUUUGUGGGAUCAUAAAAAUGAUCUUUUCUUGGUAGCACAUUUCUCUGUGUAAACAGGGGAUGUGCUAUCAACAAUAAUGAAAUAGGAUACUUAGUCUCAUUCACUUUACCAAGCAGAACCCGUGAACAAGAGUAGCACAGUUUCUGGGAGAAAAAUGCAGCCCCAAUCUUGCAAUAGUUAAAAGGGUAUCCCCAUCAGGGACAUUGAAAGCAUAUCGCUAGGAUUUGCCAUAAAUAUCAGAUAGGUGCAGGUCCCAUCUCUGUAAUCUGCCUCUAUCUCCAGAAAGUGGCUCCUGAAAUUUAAGGGAGAGCAGCUGCGCAUGUGUGGCCACGCUCUGUUCACCACUAUAGGAGCUAUUUUGGGCAAUCCUUUAGAAGUGAAUGGACAGUUGGUUGUGCUUGCAUGGCUUUCAACACAAUUUUUUGAAAUCCCAGAGCGGUGAAUGGAGAGCAAGCUGCACAUGUGUUGAGUGCUCUUCUUCACUUCAUGGGCCCUGUUCUGGAGAUAAGAGCAAGACCUGCACCUAUCUGACAUUUAUGACUUAUCCCAGAUGGAAAUAGCCCUUUAACAUAGGAGCAUGUGUUAAUUCAUCUCUUUCUACAGCUACACCUGUACUUCUCAAUGUGAACAACGACCAUCUAGAAGACUACCUGAACCUUUAUGUUCUCCAAGUGUCCCAGCACAACUGUUUGGUUAUUGAUGAUACUUUUGUUACUUUUCAAGAAAUAAAAUGUGGUCUUGUCACCUUUCCAUUACUAACCAAAGUGUUUUAUGGCAUGUACAACAUUGAUAAGACUGUCAUCAGAGCUGCACCAUACUAACUUUUGUAGAGUUUUCUCUUGCCAAGUAAUAAUCAACCGUCAUUAAUCAAACAGACAAAUAUAUUACUUGAAUCUGUUCCCAACAAGAAGUGAUACUUGUUCUGCUUCCAUCAAAAAUAUUAGGGCAAUUAUGAAGUGAACAUUUCUAAGAAAGCCAAUUAAAGUAAUAGGAUGAAUAACAAUGUCAAGAGAAGCUCAGCAGAACUCUAGAAUCUGUUGUCUGACACAGCAAUAUGAAUUGUGUCCUGCUGGGGAAUUGCCCUGUUCUGCAUUCUAUAUGGGCCUCUGUUUGUGGGUGGCUGAAACAGGAUUUCUGUUGGGGGGCUUUCCUGUCCAGCCAGAGCUGACUGCCUAUGUUUUUGCUGACUGAAUAACAUAGAGACAGUUUCCUAAUAAAAUAUCUAA